GUCUUGAUUGAAGAUAGUUGUGGUCAAGAAAUAAAGACUUAUAUGGUUGGUUAUUCCAUGGACUUUACCCCUCGAGGUGUUUUAAUUGGCUGGUUUCCAUAAAAUAUUUUGCUGCUACAAUAUCGCUUUGAAUCAUCUUGUUAAAAAUGAGUCGCAAAGAUUAACUCUGUUGUGCAUUUGGAGUCUGGGGUAGAUAAUAAAGUACCUAAACUUGAUCUAAUAAAGUUUUGUGCGUGACACUCUGUCAAAAUAAUAAUGGUUCGGAAUUUAGCAGCCAUUCGAUGGAUCAUCAUGGGGAAACUUGGGUAAGAAAUAACCCUAAAAUACAUGUUGUCUUUGUGUUAGAUAGACACUCUUUAUAUUGUGUAGCUAUGCUAAAUUUAAGCAACCUUUCAAACCUUUGCAAUCCCAUGACUCCAUUACGAAACAAUCAUGAUUACGAUCCAAAACCUGGAGAAUACGUGACUCUUGGACGAUUUCCAGAGUACUUUGAAGGGGUUUCCUCGAAAAAGCGAGCAUCUAAUGUUGAUUGUUCCGAGAAUUCAAUCAAAUAUACUCGUUCAGACUAUCGCUUCAAUUUUUAAUCCAAAAGUGGGCUUCAAGUCUGAGUUUAAAGGCCUAAACCCUCGCUCCAAGCAAUAAACAAGGUCAUUAAGGGACUCGAGUGACG